UAUGUCAUAACCCUUAUUAGAAGCUAUCGUUCGCGUUUAGGCCACAACCAAAUCAUUUAAUGAAGGCAAAGAUAUCUUAGCUUUUCCUCAUCAUAGUAUUGUUAUUGCUUCUUCCUUACCAAGACCAAGGAAUAGGGGAAAGAAAUUAAAGGAACCUACUCUUUAAACAAGGUAUGCCUUCUUUCAAUAAUUACUUCCAACACCCCCACCUUCUUCUCCUUCUCUUUCACAACCAUGGAAGAUUUGAACUUGCUUGCGGCCGAUUGUGUCGUCAUUUCAUGCUGCUGCCAGUGCUUGAUGCUGCAAAUUAUUCUGCUUUUGUUGCGAAAGAUGGUGAGGAAAACAAGAGAAUAUGGUAAGAGGAUAUUUUGCCAAAGGAAGGGGGUGCAAAGAGAAAUGGGAUCAUAUAAAGAUGUCAUUUUGAGAGUUCAUGAAAAAUCAUUUAGAAUUCAAGAUGAUGAUGUGCAUAAUUGUGGUUGUUGUAUAGAUGAAGUUGAGAAAGUGAUGGAGGAACUUUGUGAGAAGGGAGAGUUUGGAUUUGGAAGCUUUUGGGGUAGGAAGGAACCAUGGGGUGAUCCUAAAGUUGUCAAUGAUCAAAUUGAUGUUAGUUCUCUAAGAUAUCAAAUAGUUGAUUUUUGACAAAUGUAAUGUGACACAAUUUGAGGAGAAUUAGAUCUCUUAAUAUAUGUGGCAAUGAACUCAAUUCUUAACCAAUUUAUAUAAAAGAAUAUUUGUUGAAA